AUGGACACUGGCUAUUUGUCGCACCAAGUUACGACCAUCAUCAACCAGCUGCAUACCUACUUCGAUGACAUUGGCCUGCCAGCCCAAGAGCGAGACUCGCGAGAGUCUGAGCUUUUCGCUGCUCUUUCCGAAACAUUACACAACCAGCUCAAGCUAGUCGCAAAAGAGAAGAAUGACUUGACGGAAGAGGCCUGCCGGUUGGUCAAGUCAAUCCGCCAGAUGGAGGCCGCUUUGGUCGACGACAAGCCCCAGCGAGACAGCGACUACCAGGACUCGGAACUCGACAUUACUCUUCCUCUGCGCGAAUGCAUCACCGCCCUCAAAGAUAAACAUGCCACCGUCUCGAGGAUCCAUCGCGAGCGCUACGAACAGAUCAAGAAACUUGCCGAAGCGCUCGAAUCCUAUGCUUCCCACCUCGAACCCUCGUUCGUCACCAUCAAGCUCCCUCCUACUUCGCCCAACUCCAAAAUCCCACCCUCGUUCGAUGUCUCGCCCUCAUAUGUCAAUUCUCUGGACAAUGCCUUCACGCGCGUAUAUGAAGAGUACAACAAGCGCCUGGUCACAGUCCAGACUCUAGCUGAAGAAAUCAUCAUGCUUUGGGGAGAAUUAGGCACUCCACAAGCACAGGUUGACAGCACGAUUGUUAAGCACGCUCGCAAUGCUCCCGAACAACUUGGCCUGCAUCAGGAUGACCUCACUAGGCUGAAAGGCAAGAAGGAGAAACUACUGGCUGAGAAGCGCAAUCGUGAAGUCAGAGUAGAAGAGCUGAAGGAGGAUAUUGUUACGUUGUGGGACAAACUUGGAGUCGACGAAAGCGAGCGAAAGCCAUUCUUAGCCAGCAAUAGAGGAUGUGGCCUGCGCGCCAUCAACGAAUUCGAGGAUGAGCUGGCUCGUCUGAACGAACUGAAGCGGCAGAAUCUGCAUUUGUUUGUCGAAGAUGCGAGAUUCAAACUGCAAGAACUCUGGGACGGCCUUUAUUUCGCUGAGGAAGAGAUGCUCGAGUUCACCCCGGCGUUUUCAGACGUCUAUUCGGAUGCCCUGCUCGAGGCUCACGAGGCAGAAAUUGCUCGACUCGAGGCUCUCAAGGAACAACGUGCACCCACUCUAGCAAUGGUCGACAAGUACCGCUCUCUUGUAAAAGACCGGGAUGACUUGGCUGCUUCAUCGCAAGAUGCCUCCCGUCUGAUGCUUCGUGGUCAGAAGGGCGAGAAGCGCGACCCUACACGCCUUCUGCGCGAGGAAAAGAUGCGCAAGCGUAUAGCCAAGGACUUGCCAAAGGUUGAGAGCGAUCUGCGUCAGAUCCUUGAGGAGUGGGAAGAAGAGUACGGUCGCCCCUUCCUUGUUCAUGGCGAACGUUAUCUGGACGAGCUGGAGGCCACUUCGCAGAGGGCUUCUGCACAAGGUUCGGUGCGCGCAAAGACUCCCUCGAUACCCCCCCGCUCAAAAACUCCGUCAUCAAUUCCACCUUCGACCGUCCGUCCCAAGUCGGCAGCCGCGACUGCACCCACAACAGCUAUCAAGGGUCAGACUCUACGUGGUCCUCCUCGAUCAAAGACUCCCACCGCCUCGCGCAAUCCUUUGGCCUCGUCUGUCAUGGGCCCUCCUUUAUCUUCUUCGUCAUCUAACUCCUCGUUUGCAGCUUCGGUCGGUCCGGGUAGUCUCCGCAGUCCUUCUAAGAUCCCUGGUCGUCAACCCCUGACCAGUGUAUUCCAAGCUGCCAACUCCACCGCACGCCGGCCUCCUCCCGGUCCCCUGGGUCAUUGCAGGACAGAGUCCGACAGCAGCACUCUUCGUAGUCGCAUGCCUCCACCACCGCGGCCCAUGUCACGCGACUUCUUCUCGCCACCAGAGACCCCCUGCCCCAUCAACAACGCCGACACCUCCUUCGAGCGCAGCGGUAGCAUUAUUCGCCACAUGACUCCCGAAGACCCUUACAACGAUCGCAGCUCGUUGCGCUCAGUACGCACAUUCCAAUCAACCGCUUCAUCGCGCCCUGCAUCGCAAGCUACACACCACUAUGUAGCAGCUGCGCCACGACCAUCGCCGCGCUUCGAAUACCCUUCCGCACCGCCGCCAGCAGCAAUGUCCCGUCAGACGUCAAAUGCCUCGUCUGUCGAAACGUCAAACUCUGCUGCGUCUGGGUCUGAGAAUUGGGAAACAUAUACCAAUGCCUCGGAUGACGAGGAACCAGAUUCUCGCAUGGCGUAUUAUGCCAAAGUGCGUACAACCAAGCGCGACUCGCCAGAGGACAGCGCGUACGGAGGCGCUGCCAAAGGCUUUGGUGCCAAAGUGAAAGCAAUAGGUGUGUCGGAAGAUGGCAGCGAAACUGCUUGGUCCGAUGUUGGUGAGACGUUUUGA